GUGUCGCCGUGGUGGCUCCCAUUCGAAGGCGACGGCGGUCGUCUAUAUUUCGGUUGUAAUCUCUCCAGAAGAAAAGUGAAAUAACUCCGAACAGACAGCAAAUUGAACAGACUUUAAUGUUGAGAUUUCUUUCCAAUUCUUCUCGGUCGAGCUUGUGACAGGGCUCUGGAAUGACGGGGUGUGCUGAGAAUUUGAAUUAGCUCGCCGUUAGUUUGAAGAAAGAGUGAGUGUCGGGGUAGAGAGAGAGAGAGAGAGGAGCCAUUUUGUCCCGACUGUGUGGGAGAAAAGAAAGAGUGGAAAAGAGGAAUCACACGGGAGGAGAUCCUAUUUUGCUUUGUGUUCUCAUGCUGUAAGGGGGAAAACAUUCGGGCUUGGGAAAUAUAACUUCUCGGGCACGUUAUUUAGGUGGUAUUUAGCCAAACUAGCUUGCCAAGCUAAUCAACAAAUCCCAGAUUGUUAACAGUUCACAGUCAAGAGAAGCGGGGAAGGUUGGCUAAGAAGCUGGCUUAAGACUUCACAUAGGCGUGCUAGGCUAUCCGGUUUUUUUGUAUCUUGUCUGGGUUAACACAAGCUGUUUUUCAAUGGCGAAGAAGACGUACGACUUGCUGUUCAAGCUGCUUCUGAUCGGAGACUCGGGCGUGGGGAAGACCUGUGUGCUGUUCCGCUUCUCUGACGACGCCUUCAACACAACCUUCAUCUCCACCAUAGGAAUAGACUUCAAGAUCAAAACUGUUGAAUUACAAGGAAAGAAGAUCAAACUACAGAUCUGGGACACAGCGGGCCAGGAACGGUUCCACACCAUCACCACCUCCUACUACAGAGGAGCCAUGGGCAUCAUGCUGGUCUACGACAUCACCAAUGCCAAGAGCUUCGAAAACAUCAGCAAAUGGCUGCGUAACAUUGACGAGCAUGCAAAUGAAGACGUUGAGAGGAUGCUGCUAGGCAACAAGUGUGACAUGGAGGACAAGAGGGUCGUACCAAAAGCCAAGGGGGAGCAGAUUGCGAGGGAGCACGGCAUUAGGUUUUUUGAGACGAGUGCUAAGGCCAACAUCAACAUCGAGAAGGCUUUCCUCACGUUAGCAGAAGACAUCCUCAGAAAGACGCCUGUAAAAGAGCCCAACAGUGAAAACGUCGACAUCAGCAGCGGAGGUGGAGUCACAGGCUGGAAGAGCAAGUGCUGCAGUUGAACAACUCCUCAUUCUCACUUACACCAAUGCACACAAACACACGCACACACACGCAUACACACACACACGCACACACACACACACACACACACACACACAAACACGCACACACACACACACAAACACGCACACACGCACGCACACAUUCUCUCUCUCUCUCUCUCUCUCUCUCUCUCUCUCUCUCUCACAUUUAACUCUAACUCUCUCGCUCUCUAACCUGUCUCAUGAGUUUUCUUGCACACUGACACUGUCUCUUUAUCAGAAUAAAACAAUAAACCACUUCACUCGUCUAAUCUCCCUCCUCCCCCACCCUCCACCAUAUUCUUCGGCUCCCCGAUGAUGAUGAUUUUUAUUUCUGAUAAAAAGAGAAAUCCAGUCGCGUUUCUUGUCAUUUAUUUUAAAAGUUGUAAAAAAGGAAAAAAAGUGUGAAAAGACAAGCUCAUAUUUUUAAAUUUCUUUUGCCUGACCUGGUUGGACACCCUCACCCACCCUUUACCCCACUCCCAGCCUCACCCCCAACCACAGCACUCACCUGCAGUCAGAGGAAAUAAAAAAAGAUAAGAAAAUUAAAACAUAAAAAAGACAAAUGUAGGAUUAACAUUUUGUACACUUAGUGGAUUUCUGUUGUCUAACCGUAUUUGGUCAUUUACAAUUUGUUACCAAGUGACAGAGGUGUGGCUAGCUCCUUUUGUAUGUGGGGGUUUAUUUUGUCCUGUGCCUUAUAUGGAAGACAGGGGCGGGACUGUGUGGUGGGCGGAGCCACAUCCACCCAAUGAAAUUACAGAUUAAUAUUCUGUAGGUUCAGGCUCGUUGCGAGGACGCUGAACUAAAGCAGAAGCGUUUGAAUUUCUCCUCCAGCCAAGAGAACAGCAUUAUACAGUAUGUCCUGUUUAUUGACGUUUUAUUUUUAUUUGUACGAUUUAUUUUACUUUUAUUUUUUUCCCUUAUUUGGGUUGAUUUUGUUUUUUUUCCUGCAUGCAGAUUUCUUUGGGUUGGAAGCGUUUCUGUAACCAUGUGUAACGUUUGCCACUGGGUAACGGGGCGGGAGGUACAGAAGUUCUCUUUGGAAAUUCAAACAGUUUUGCAGAUCCAUUAAAAAUAAGCUUGUUUAAGUUAA